AUGGCUACAAGGUGGAGUAGUGACUAUAAUGCUAUUGAAAUUAGAGAUUUUGAUGCUCAUAGAAUGGCUAUAGACUAUACUGGUUCUAUAGUAUUGUUAGCUGGCCGUAAAAAAUAUGGUAUUGUUGAAAUUUAUAAAUCAUCAAAUAUUCUAUUUCCUAGAACUUGUAAAUAUGAAAUUAAAGCUCUUGAGUGGAAUCCGACAUAUCACAACCAACAUAUUUGUGCAUUGGCACAGAGCACCCAAUUGCAGUUACUUAGUUUGAAAAACAAUGUUAAUCUAGCUUCUUCGACAAGAUUAAAUACCCAUACACGAGCUAUAUUAGACAUAAACUGGCAUGCCUCUGAUCCAAAUAUUCUAGCUUCGUCGUCUAUGGAUUCAUUUGUAAACAUUUGGGACAUUAGAGACAACACUAGACCAGCUUUAUCUCUUUCAGCUAUUAUUCCUGCCUUACGAGUGCGGUGGAAUCAUUUAACUAAACACCUGGUAGCUACUGCUCAUGGUGGGGAAGUCAAAAUAUGGGAUCAGAGAAAAGCUGCAAAUCCACUUCAUUAUAUUACAGCCCACCUCAGUAAUAUACAUUGUUUGGAUUGGAGUUAUACAAAUGAAAAUCAAUUAGUCACUUGUAGUCAAGAUUGUACUGUAAAGUUUUUCGAAAUAAAUAAUCUUAAAAAGACAGAAAAUGUUUUAAAUACUGUCACUCCUGUUUGGAGUGCUAAAUAUACACCUUUUGGCGAUGGUAUAUUAAUUGUUUUGGUUCCUCCAGAGAAAAGAGUGGACAAUAACCUAAUAUUGUGGAAUUUGAGUUCAAUUAAUUCACCUGUUCAUACAUUUGUUGGUCAUUCAGAUACAAUAUUAGAGUUUCAAUGGAUGAAAAAUAAUGAAGAUAAAACAUCUGAAUAUGAAUUUAUAACGUGGUCUAAAGAUCAGACCAUGAGAUUAUGGCACGUUGUGUCAUUUCUUCAGGAAAUGCCUAUGGAUUAUAUCGAAAAAUCGUGUGACGAUAAUUUGGAUAAUGAUCAAAACGCACCAACCUCCGACACAAGUAAUGUGUCCAAUGAUGCACUUAAUGACAUUGAUAAUGUAAACUUUGAAAGUGAAGGUCGAGAUGGAAGUUUUUCUAUGUCUACUAGUGAUGAUUCUUAUAGUACCGAAGUUGGUGAGGAACCUAUUGUAAAUUUACACAAAGAGUUUCUUUCUUUGAAUGUUGGUUCAGAAAUUUUCAUUGAACAAAAAGAUCCAGAUCGACGUAUAUUAAUAGCUUUGGUAAAAGUCAAUAAUAAUUCAAUAACUAUACAUAUGACUUUUCCAUUGGAUUAUCCUGUAAACGUCGAACCUCAGUUUCAAAUUACCAAAAGUACGUAUGAUGCAAGCAUGAAAAAUAAAAUUCAUAAAGUAUUAUAUGAUUCAGCUAUAAAGCAAGUGUCUAAAAACUUGACUUGUGUGCAGUUUUGUCUUCGUGAACUUGUUGUGUCUUUAAGAAAGUCCCGGAUAUCAUUUUCGGAAUCUCAAUUUUCUGAAGACGAUAAGAAAACAUACUCAAUGUAUUCACAAUCGCCAUCACAUUAUGAUCGUACAAGUACUUACAUAUCUAGCCAAGACACUUGUAAUAUUCUACAGCAUAAAACAAUGGGUUUAAAAUUUUGUAACAAUGGUGCAUUACUGUGGUUUAAUAGUCCGCCAAAAAGGAAAUCCGAUAUUUUCCCAUCUAUUUCUCUACAAAAAAUUGAUAGUGCAAAUCACACUCCACUACAAAAGCUUCAACCUUACUGGUUUAGUAAUAAAAAUUCUCCAACUGACGGAAGUAGUCGAAGCUCAAAAAGUUAUAGAAAAGACAAGUUAGAUAAACCAAUAGUUUCAAUUUAUGAUGUGUCAAGCUUGUUUUCAAUAAAUAAGGAUUUAGCAUCAAAAUAUGAACUAGAUGUAUCUAAUGUUUUCAGUACUUGUUUGAAAAAUGCUUGGAUUACAAAUGGCUUUAAAAGAAAAGAUUUAGUUCAAACUUGGACACUGGCUGCAUAUGCCUGCAAUACAAAAUGUAAUGUAAAAAAAAAAGUUACAUCGUCCAUUGACCAAAUUAAUAAUUGGAGAAAUCAUCCAUUCACCAUUGAUAUGAUUGAUUCAUUAAUCUCACAUUAUGCUGGUCAUUCUGAUUAUCAAACCGCUGCUUUAUUAUGUUGUGUGUUUAAUCCAAAUCCGGCUCUGAAAAAUAUUGAACAGGAUAGGACACCUACACCCGUGUAUACGCGCUCAAAUAGUCUGUCAGAAGGUUUCACCUUUUCUAGGGGACAAGAGGAAUCAACCGAAUGUUAUGAAAUUUCUGAUCAAGGAUUACUGUUAGAGGAUUCUGAUGCCCAGAAAAAUGUGCAUUAUGAUGUAUACAAAAAAAUAUACAUGGACGUAUUAGAUAAUUUGGGUUUACUAGAUCAGCAAACCAGUGUUAAAAAAUUUUUGAAACAACAAACUCAAAAGAGUAGUGCAUUUUUUUUCAAAUUCAUAAUUGAAUGUUUAAAAUGUAAUGACUCGGUUAAAGAUGGAUACUGUCUUCAGUGUCAACAGUUUAGUCUGAAGUGUACAUUAUGUAAUUCUACUGUAAGAGGUGCAGCUCAUGUUUGUCUAAAAUGUGGUCAUGGUGGUCAUGCUAAUCAUUUGAUUCAAUGGUUUAGUAAAGAAUCUUUAUGCGCUGUAAAUUGUGGAUGUUAUUGUUUAUUUGAAACAAUGUCUAUACUUCAUAUUAAAAAAUAUGACUCUAAAGAAGAUUGA